UUUUAGAAGAUGUAUUUAGUUGUUCAGUUUCAGUAGUUAAGGUUAUAGAGAUAUCAAUUUCCAUAUUUGAGGAAGUAUUUUUUGUAGGAAUAGAUACUGUUAAAGUAGAAGGUGUAGUUUCUG